AUGCCGUGGAACCUGACCGCGGAGCAGCUCUCGGCGUUGCUGAGGCUGCACAACCUGACGCGCUCGCAGUUUAUCGCGCGCUAUAGGCUACGGCCACUGGUGCUCACCCCGCAGCUGCCCGCCCGGGUCAGGCUGGCCCUCCUGCUCGUCGGCCUGAUCAUCUUCGCCCUGGCACUCUUCGGAAACGCCCUGGUGGUCUAUGUGGUGACCCGCAGCAAGGCCAUGCGCACCGUCACCAACAUUUUCAUCUGCUCCCUGGCGCUCAGCGACCUGCUCAUCGUCUUCUUCUGCAUGCCGGUCACCAUGCUCCAGAACGUCUCCGACACCUGGCUGGGGGGAGCCUUCAUUUGUAAGAUGGUGCCCUUUGUCCAGUGCACUGCUAUUGUGACAGAAAUCCUCACGAUGACCUGCAUUGCCAUGGAGAGACACCAGGGGCUUGUCCAUCCUUUUAAGAUGAAGCGGCAGUACACCAAUCAAAGGGCGUUCACAAUGCUGGGUGUGGUGUGGCUCGUGGCCAUCAUCAUAGGAUCACCCAUGUGGCAUGUACAGCGACUUGAGGUUAAAUAUGACUUCCUAUAUGAAAAAGAACACAUCUGCUGCUUGGAGGAGUGGAGCAGCCCCACGCACCAGAAAAUCUAUACCACCUUCAUCCUCGUCACCCUCUUCCUGCUACCUCUCUUGCUGCUGCUCGUCCUCUAUGGUAAAAUCGGUUACGAGCUUUGGAUCAAGAAAAGAGUGGGGGACAGCUCAGCGCUCCAAACUCUUCACGGAAGAGAAAUGUUCAAAAUAGCCAGGAGGAAGAAGCGAGCUGUGAUCAUGAUGGUGACAGUGGUGGCUCUCUUUGCUGUGUGCUGGGCACCUUUCCAUGUCUUUCACAUGAUGAUUGAAUACAGUAAUUUUGAAAAGGAAUAUGAUGAAGUCACAAUCAAGAUGAUUUUUGCCAUAGUGCAAAUAAUUGGAUUUUUCAACUCCAUCUGUAAUCCCAUUGUCUAUGCGCUUAUGAAUGAAAACUUCAAAAAAAAUUUUGUGUCGGCAGUUUGCUAUUGCAUAGUAAAAGAAACCUCCUCUCUAGCACUGAGGCAUGGAAGUUCAGGAGCUAUGGCUAUGCAGAGGAGAGCAAAGCUAGCUGGCGGAGAGAAUCCCAUAGAGAUCAAGGGAGAAGCAUUUGGGGACACCAACAUCAAUGUCACGUGGUGUGAACAGCCAAAGAAGAAGAAAACAUCAAAAGUCGCUUCUUGUCCUCUUUAG